GCGGCCACCGUAGCUGCUGGUAAACCGGAAGUGUGGAGCUUCCAGUGUUUUGACAGCGCUGUGUUUAGUUUCCUGAUUUCCCCGGAACUCACUGAUGUGCGGUUUGGUUUUAAAUUAAAGCUGUGUGUUAGUUAAUGCUGUAUUUCCGGUAUGGCGGCGGAGUUUAUAGUCAAGCUGUAUGAAUAUUCUCCACUGUUCUACAUCAGUGUGAUAGCCGUGUGUUUCAUCCUGACUGUGGCAGCAGUGCUGGGCUGGUUUGGCUUUGAUGUGCCGGUGAUUGUGAGGAGUUCAGAUGAAGGUGAUUCUCCUGCUCCAGAGAAGAAAAUGGUUCAGGUUCCCAAUCCGUUCUCUCUGGAGAUCGACACAAACACCACGCGGGGAUCAGUGACGGACGGUGUGUGUCUGCGGUCGUGUUGUUUAGAGGAGUGUGUGUUGAGCUGUUACUGCUGCAGUGUUCAGGCUCUACAGUUUGCGCUGCAGGAACACCGCUACCGAAGACUGAACACAGCGCGUUUAUUCCAGCAGGCUUUACAGGGGCAAUACCUGCACUGCCACACCUCCACCAUGGCUAAAGGUCAGAGGUCAGAGUGCGUCACUCAGAUGCCCCCUGAUCUCGGAGUGACAGAUUUUGGAUUCCUGCCAAGAGAUCGCUAUCCGCUAGUCGCUGUUCUCACCUUAGCUAACACGGAGGACAGAGACGCCUACGACAUUGUGGUGAGUGUUACAGUUCUUCAUGUUCCUGAUGAUAAGUACCGCCUCUCUGCGAGGAUCCUGUUCCACGUCCUGCUCACUGCUGAUGGAAACAUGUUUGAUCUAAAGCCACUCUUCAUGUCCACUGACGGCACAAGCCCCGCCCCUGCCGAGGAACAUGCAAAGCCACAUGAAAAAGAACCAAAGGAUGAAGAGGAGGCGGAGUCAGAUGAAGAGGGGGUGUGGCCAGGAGCUGUAGGGCGGGACUGUGUGGUGUGUCAGAACGCGGCGGUGAACCGCGUGUUGUUACCGUGUCGUCAUGCGUGUGUGUGUGAUGAGUGUGUGUGGAGGUUUCAGCACUGCCCCAUGUGCCGAGCCUUCGUCUGCGAGUCCUUCACCCUGGCUCCGCCCACAACCACACACCCCUGUCCCGAGGGGCGGGGCUUAUAAACCACACACACACAAACACACAGCACUGCUUUUAAUGAUAUUAUUUUAGUGAUUUUGUUCAUUUUAAACAAUAAUAAUAAUUUCAAAACCCUAAUGAGGAACUAAAGGUGUAGUUCAGGAACUUUUCUUUUUACUUUAUCUGAAUCUGAUAAACACACUUCUGCUAAAAUUUCAUUACGCGAUUUGGUAAAAACGUAAUUUUGAUGAAAAUAUUCCACUGUGCCUAAUGCACCACACCGACCCCGAUGUAAAACACAUUUAAAGAUUCUUAACAAAGCCCACAAGUAAGUGUUCUGAAUCAAAAAAAAAAUCCCCAAGUUCCUGAAGAGAAAAUUCCUUCGUCCCUGAAACGGCAUUUGAGUUCGAAAAAAAAUUCUGAAUGUUUCUGGUCUAAAAUGGUCGCCUAGACAGUAAAGUAAAGUUUUGGUUCCAGAAAAGUCCUUCCAAAGUUCCUGAAAAAAAAAUAAAAAACUGGUUUCUGGUUCCUAAAAAGUUCCUGAAAGGUAUUCUUGGGUCCUGAAAAAGGUUCCUGUGGUGAACACACCUCGUUCUGCUGCUUUGUGAAAAAGUCUAUUGUUAAACGCGCUAUAGAAAUAAAACUGAAUCGAAAUUUAAUUCAUACGGAUUCAAUUCAUACCACAAACAUGUCGCUGGGCUCGGUCCACUGUGGGCGUGUCCCAAACCACACCCCCUUUUCACAGAGCAUUAUGGGUAAAAUGUAGACCUUGGUCACUGAGCUGCUGCAGUGCAUUAUGGGAUGUGUGGUAAAUUGUAUUGUGUAUAUAAAUGUCAUAUUUUAUCUAUUUAUUAGUCUGAUUACUGAUUUUAAAGUUUGUUCUGAAGGUCAGAGACGUGUUUAAAGUUAUCAGUAUUUAAAAAAGUGUCAAUCAGAUGAGUGUUAAUAUAAAAUAAUAGAAAUAAAAGUGAAAUAUGUCUUGUAAUAAACAAGUGUUGAUUUUAUUUGCUGUAUAAUUGUGGCUUUAAUAAAUCGUCAGAGGAGCCUGAGGUAGUGAGAGGGAUUAG